UUACUAGUGUCUUUAAAAAUCUGCUAAGCAAUGAAAACUAGGUAUGCUCUAAACAACACCAUGGACGUGAAGGAAGCACUUUACAUGAACAGAGGAGAAGGAGAAAGUAGUUAUGCUCAGAACUCCAAAUUCACACAAAGAGUGGUUUCCAUAACCAAACCAAUAUUAGAAAAUUCAGUUCAAUCUCUGUUUUCAAAAGGAUUUCACCUAUGCAAGCUUCUCAAUGUGGCCGAUUUGGGUUGCUCUGCUGGUCCAAACACAUUCUCUGUGAUUCAAACAGUAAAAGAGACUGUGGAAAAGAAAUGCAAGGAAUCGAAUUGCCAAACUCCGGAAAUUCAGUUUUACUUGAACGAUCUUCCUGGUAAUGACUUCAAUUCUCUUUUUAAGGGAUUGUCUGGAUUCUGUGACCAAACACAGGGUGCGUCAUGCUUUGCGGUGGGAGUUCCUGGUUCUUUCCAUGGCCGGCUUUUUCCUUUGAACACCUUACACUUUGUUCAUUCCUCUUACAGUGCCCACUGGCUUUCCCAGGUACCCAAAGGACUCACAAGCAAUGAAGGCAUGCCAUUAAACAGGGGGAAGAUGUACAUAUCCACGACAAGUCCUCCGGUCGUGAGAGAAGCUUACCUUACUCAGUUUCAACAAGAUUUCAGCUCGUUUCUCAAGUCCCGCUCCGAGGAGAUGGUUCCUGAUGGUUGUAUGGUCUUGAUACUUCAAGGUCGGCAAUCUGCAGAUCCCUCGAGUAGGGAAAGCUGCUGGAAAUGGGAGCUCUUAGCUGAUGCCAUUGCGGAAAUGGUUUCACAGGGAUUGGUUGAUGAAGAGAAAUUAGACUCCUUCAACGUACCGUACUAUUCGCCAUUACUAGAGGAGGUGCAAGAUAUAGUGGAGAAGGAGGGAUCAUUUGCAAUCGAGCGUUUAGAGAAGUUUGCACUUGAAGUUGGUGAGAAGCAAGAAAAAGAUGCAUGGAGUAAGGGAGAAAAGGUUGCCAAGGCUAUCAGGUCCUUCACAGAAUCAUUGAUCUCAUACCACUUCGGAGAGGAAAUAGUUGAAAAUUUGUUUCACAAGUUUACUCAUAUAGUAGUUGAGGACUUGGCCAAAGAAUCAAUGCACACUACAAGCAUUGUUGUUGUGCUUAGCAGGAUCGUUGGGUAGCCUAUUCUCAAAGUUUAAGACCUUGCAAAUUCUAUGCAAUGCUAUUUGAAAUUUAAAA